CCGCAAUGCGACCCCCUGGCUCGUACUCGGAAGGGGUCCCAGUGGCAGCGAUCCACUGCGACCUUGUCUGGUGCCUACCACCCUACAUGGUCCGCUUGGUACCACCCCAGCGAUCUGAUGCCGUCACUGCAGUCUCACACCCUGCAAAAUCCCUUCUUGACCUGCCUCGGGGAUCCAGUCUCGGUCCAUAUCCAGCCACUCCCCGGCUGCUUUUCCUCCUGUCGCUUGUCAUGUCGACCACCGUAACUUGACUGGUUAACCAUUCCUCUGCCACUUCCUGGCUCCUGCUGGAGUCUCUGCACUUGUUGAAUCCCAGCGCAAGGUCGGACGUGAUUGAUCCCCUCAUUCUUUUCCCUUCCCCUCCCUUCCGCAUUCCGCCCAUCGCUGUCCGCCUUCGUCGACAGACCCUCCACCCACUUCUUCACGCGCAUCGAUGCUGCUGUCUCUUCUGUCCCUCGCUUAAUACUCACAUUCGUGUCCAUCACGAUGAUCUCGCCCGGCUGGAUAUGGGCGGUCGUCCUGACCAUCCUGGUCCCUUUCCAGGGAACUGUGCCUGCUCUGCAACUGGAUAUCAACGAUGAGCAAUCCAUCAAAAAUGCCGCCAGGACGACAGCCUACAACAUGAUGAGCUACUACCACGGCAAUGAAUCGGGUCAAACACCAGGGAAGCUUCCCGACACCUGGUGGGAGGGGGGUGCUAUGUUCAUGACGUUAAUCCAGUACUGGUACUGGACCGGAGACACCUCGUACAAUGAGGUUACAACACAGGGAAUGCUCUGGCAGAAGGGCCAAAACGACUACUUCCCGGCCAACGACAGCAACUACUUGGGCAAUGAUGAUCAGGUCUUUUGGGGCCUGGCUGCCAUGACGGCUGCAGAACUCAACUACCCGGAAGAUGAUGGCCAGCCGUCUUGGUUGUCGCUCGCUCAGGGUGUCUUCAACACCCAGGUCCCUCGAUGGGAUACCUCCAGCUGCCAGGGAGGGCUGCGAUGGCAGAUCUGGCCCUACCAAGCUGGCUAUACCACCAAGAACGCCAUCUCCAACGGCGGUCUAUUUCAACUGGCGGCUCGUCUUGGACGCUACACCAAUAAUGAAACAUAUAGUAACUGGGCGGAGAAAAUUUGGGACUGGAGUGCGACAACCCCGCUGCUGCAGACGAAUGCAUGGUAUAUUGCCGACACCACUACCACCGAGGCACAGUGCAAAGAUCACGGUGACAUACAGUGGACGUACAACUAUGGGACCUACAUCAGUGGAGCCGCGUACAUGUAUAAUCUUACCAACGGUGCCGACAAAUGGAAGAAAGGCCUCGAUGGAUUACUUGGAAGUGCCUUCCAGAAAUUCUUCCCGCAACAAUACGGCAGUAAUGUAAUGUCGGAAAUCUCCUGUGAGCCAAACAUGAUGUGCGAUCGAAAUCAGGAUUGCUUCAAGGGGUUCUUGGCAUCCUGGUUGACCUUUACGACGACCAUUGCACCCUACACUGCUGGCGAAAUUAUUCCCAAGAUCCAGCAGUCAGCUCUGGCAGCGGCGAAGCAAUGCUCCGGGGGCGAUUCCGGCACUCAGUGCGGACGGCGGUGGUACCAACCGCAGUGGGACGGCGAGACAUCGCUUGAGACAGAUAUGAGUGCCCUGAGCGUCUUUUCAUCCAACAUGAUCACCCAUCAGCAACAUGGCUCAAGCCAGGGUCCGCUGACAUCGGACACCGGCGGCACCAGCAAGAGCGACCCAAAUGCGGGCACCGCUCCAAAGAACUCUCCCGACAAGCUGCCUGAUAUCACGACCGGCGACCGUGCAGGCGCCUCGGUUCUUACUGUAGCCUUUGUCAGCGGCUGGGUUGCUUCCAUUGCCUGGUUGGUCUAUGGAGGUUGAAGUGAUACUUGAGAUUUGGGUUACUUGACGUUGUUCUGUACAUAUAUGACCUGAAGGGCUACAAGCGGCUCUAUGGCUAUUGUGCUUUUUUUUUUUUUUU